AUGUCUUCAGAGUCAGAAAAGGAUAAAGAGAGGAUGGUUCAAACUGCCAAAAUAUUCUUUUUUCACAUGCAAGAUUUUGCUUCCUUUACAAACACAUUUACUGAAUUGUUUAACAGCAGUAUGAAUAAUCAGGUCAUCUGAAUGGCUGUGAAAGAAGAUGGUUAUAUUAAGGAAGUCUUUAAACAAAUGCUCAUAAUUUUUAAGGAGAAGCAAUCUGUAGUGGAUGCAAAGGAUGACAAGAUGUAAAAGGAACUUUUAUUUUUCAAGAUUGCAACAGCUAUGUGCUCAGUGGAUGAGAAGAGUACCAAUGUAAAGGAGUUGCAUCAGUCAGCUAAAGAAGGGUUCAGAAAUGUCCAUAUACCAAUCAUUGUCUCUUUGAUAGAUAGUGGUAACACCCCUGGGAGUUUGGAAUCUUCUGUUGCACUCUUGAUGAAGUACGUCAUUAAUCUUCAAUUUAGUGUCUUCCAAAGAAAAGAUACCAAAGAGCAAUCAGAUGCUACUGCAUCUGAAAUGGCAGGUCCAUUCGAAACCACUGCAAUAGACACUGCGGAGAAGUUGCGGGAUGCAUUAAAAACUGACAGUAGUAAGAAUACUAUUGAGUCAGCCACAGAUCAGUUGGAGCAAAUUGUCAAAACUAUGGGACCAAUAUCAGAGAUCCUCCAAAAAGCCCAAAAAACUGUGGAAAUGAAUUUUUCUGGGGUUAAGAAAGCCAGAGUAGUAGGAGUGCAACAGAAGUGCUCAUUUCUGUCAUAA